GCUGUUCACUAGGACUGCUGGUAGUAGUAGGUCGCCCUCGACGCUCACGGCUGGAAGACAAGAGUGGAUCUUCUCAAGUGUUCCUUAUAAAAGGAAAAAAAGAAAAAAAAACACCAACUUUCCUGCGCCAUUGGAUGCACGUUACACGCGUUGGUCUGGAUUAAUUUUUCCCCACCUACCUGAAUUUGAGUUCUUUUUAAUUUACAUUAAAACCACAUCAAGAAUAAUGGGAUCCCAGGCAUCAAAGGGAGGAGUGGCUGUGGAGGGGAAAGCCGCCGAUGCUGACCCGGCUGCCGUCAAGACUAACGGACAGGAGAACGGCCAUGUUAAGACCAAUGGUGACGUCUCUGCCAAGGCAGAGGGAGAUGCCGCCACCACCAACGGUUCUGCGGAGGCAGCCAAGGAAUCUGAGGCUGGAGCCGGCGACGCCAUCGAACCUGCGCCCGCCGCUGAGGGAGAGGCUGCUAAACCCGAGGGCGAGGCCACCAAGGAGACCCCCAAGAAGAAGAAGAAGAAGUUCUCCCUGAAGAACUCCUUCAAAUUCAAGGGCAUCUCGCUGAAGAAAAACAAGAAGAGUGCCGAGGUGAAGGAAGAAGCUGCCGCUGAGUCCACUCCGGUCGCCGAAGAGAAGCCUGAGGAGAACGGGGCGGCUGCUGAGGAGAAGGAGGAGGAGGCCAAGGCUGAGGAGACACCCGCCCCUGCCGAGACCCCCAAGGCCGAGGAACCCGCUGCCAAGGCUGAGGAACCUGCUGCCCCGAAGGAAGAGGCUGCUGCACCUGCUGCAGAGCCCACAAAACCAACAGAGGAGACCAGCUCAACAUUGUAG